GUGCGUUCAACAUCCAACAUGGGCGUUUCUUUCGUCGUCUGCAAAGUGUCAAAUACUUUGCGAGCAACGAAAAUGCCCAGAGGCAGUGAUAGAUUUUAGCCGUGCAAAAACAUCGGAAGAUCGUUCGUGUUACCGCAGUCAAAUGUAUUCGAGUGAACGCUGGACACACGUCCGAUCGAGAAAAUUGGAAUUUUACUCGGCGAUAGCUAUGACUCAGUACCAAACGGCAUCCUCUUUAGGUAUCCGACUUUGCUAGAAAUAAAAUCGAAUAAAACAAAUUACACGGCUUCCAACAAAAUCAGAAAUUACUGUCUCGUUCGUCGAAAUCGUUUUGCGCUUUAUUUAAAUCGAUAUUCAAAUAAGAGUAUAAAAUGAGAAGGUUAUGCAUCACCGUGAAACGAAUAUCACGAUAUUAAAAUGUUUUAAACGGUGCGUAACUUUGACGUGAACGAAGAACACAAAGUUUAAGAAUUUUUAGCGCAAGUACAUCGUUUACAUAAAGUGUGUAUAAUAGAAAAAGAGCGAAUCGUCUUAUACGGUGUUCGAAUCAGCUGAUUCCGCAUUGACAGGAAAUCAUUGAAUGCACACGGCAUUCGACGAGCGAAGUAUUUAAUUGCACGGCGCAAAGAGUAUUGAUAUGUAGAAAACAUAAGUAUAUAUCGUAUUUUUGAACGUACAGUUUCUUAGUUAUUUUUAAAAGUGAAAAAUAAAAAGAUGUCAGGAUACAAUUCAAGCACAGUAAGUACACCAAGAGGUGGCAAUCUACAAAAUCGUAAUUCUCAAAGAUCGACGCUUCUAAAAGUAGUGAUAUUGGGUGAUGGUGGUGUUGGCAAGUCUUGCCUUAUGAACAGAUUUGUUUCCAAUCAUUUCGACGAGCAUAGUUUUCACACUAUCGGAGUAGAGUUUUUAAACAAAGACAUUGAAAUCAAUGGAGAGGCAUAUACGCUUCAAAUAUGGGACACAGCUGGACAAGAAAGAUUCAAGACUCUUAGAACUCCAUUUUAUAGAGGCUCCGAUAUUUGCCUUUUGACGUAUGCUGUCGACGACAGAACAAGCUUUAAAAAUUUAGCACUCUGGAGAUCUGAAUUUCUUUAUUAUGCCGACGUUCAAGAGGGAUCUACAUUUCCAUUUAUAGUUGUUGGAAACAAAGUGGAUGUUCCAGAACCUAAGAAACAGGUUUCUACGGAGGAAGCCCAAGCUUGGUGCGCGGAAAAUGGAGAUCCUCCAUUGGUGGAAACGUCCGCAAAAGAUGCAACCAAUGUCGAAGCAGCCUUUGGUGCAGCUGUUGCUGCUUGGGCACAACUUGAAGCUAGAUUAGAGCGUCCAUUAGUAGAAGAUACGGUUGAUCUUUCGAAACAGCAAUCUCCUCAUCGUACAAGUUGUUGUAUGCCAGUAUCUGGUGCUGAAUCCACAAGUACAAUAAGGUAAUGAAACAAGUGGUAACGAGAUAAACACAACAAAUAAUCCUUGAGGUGCAAACUGACAUACUUGGAAUGGACCUAUCAAAUUUGUUUACACUUGAAAUGAGUACAUAUGUUGCAAAUUGAACCAACUCUUACAAGUGAUGAAUAUUGUAUUUAGGGCAUAUAAGGACAUUAUAUUAUAUAAGUA